AUGGCAGACCGGCCAUUCGGAGACAGCAUCGACGCCCCAGAGUUGGAUACUACACCACGAAACGGUCAUGAUGUAGGCGCAUCGAACGGAACGAAGGCCAGCAGCCAUUCGAGCGAUUUCUUCUUUUCCAGGGCCGACGAACUGCAGAACCUCCUUGUCUCGGUCGUCGCGCGUCUCGUCCCUUUCGUCCAGCAAGCCGACCUGGAACGUAGAGCUCACCGGGACCACCAGCAAGUGCCGGCAUCGUGUCUCGUGGAAUCACACGCGCCGUCGGAUCUGCUGGCCAUUCUAGGCUCGAGUGGCGCCCUUUCCCUGUCCGACCACGGCACUGGUCAAGCUGGACUCGUCGAGACUCUAUCAACCAUAUUGAAAUAUAGCGUCAAUCCUUCGGCGCCGGGGUUCCUCGACAAGCUUUAUGCCGCACCUCUGCCACCGGGGAUUGUGGCGGAGCUGAUCCUCGCCGUGCUGAACACAAACCUGCACGUGUACCAAGUGUCGCCUGUCCUUUCGCUCAUCGAGACACACGUCACGACGACGCUCGCGCAUAUGUUCGGUUUCACAGGUCCACGGGCCGGUGGCAUCAACGUCCAAGGCGGCAGCGCGAGCAACAUGACCAGCAUCGUGGUUGCGCGGAACACGCUGUUCCCGGAAACGAAACGGCUGGGGAACCACGCGACAGGCCGACAGCUCGUGAUGUUCACGUCCGAGCAUGGACAUUACAGCAUCGAGAAAGCAGCGCAGCAAUGUGGCUUUGGCAGUGACAGCGUCGUGUCCGUCCCCGUCGAUCCGCUCACGGGAGAAAUGGACCCCCUGGCGCUCGAAGCACUGAUAGUCAGAGAAAAGAGCCACGGCAAGACACCCUUCUACGUCAACGCCACGGCCGGGACGACCGUGCUUGGCUCCUUUGACCCUUUUGCCCCGAUCGCGGAAGUCGCCAGGAGACACGGCCUGUGGAUGCACAUCGACGGUGCCUGGGGCGGCAGUUUCGUCUUCUCGGAUUCUCUACGCUCCCGGACGCUCAGAGGCUGCGACCUUGCCGACAGCAUUGCCAUCAAUCCGCACAAGAUGAUGGGCGUGCCGGUGACUUGCAGCUUCCUCUUGCUCAAGGACCUGAAACACGCGCACAUGGCCAACACCCUUCGAGCAGGCUACUUGUUCCACGACAAUGCCGGGGAUGAUGUGGAUUCUUCUGCAAAUACAGUGUCAGUCACGAACGGCGAGCAUCCCGACAAUGACGACGAUUGGACUCCACCGGACGAUCUUGCAGAUCUGACGCUCCAAUGCGGCCGACGAGGGGACAGCCUGAAACUGUUCCUGUCCUGGCAAUACUACGGCACGGCCGGAUACGCGAGCAAGGUCGAAAAUGCAUACUCGGUGGCAUGCUACACGGCAGACCUUGUGGACAAGCAUCCGAAUCUGCUGCUCGUAAGCACGAACCCCCCGCCGUGUCUGCAGAUAUGCUUCUACUUCGCACCGGGAAAGAGGAUGGUGCAUGCUCCGAGCGAUAUUCCGCGGAGGAAUGGCGGCAGCCACAACGAGGACCCGAAAAGCCAGGCCGCGAGGUUAGGCAAGCGCAACUCGGCGGUGACGAGCCGCAUCGCCCACGCUCUGAUCUCGAGAGGCUUCAUGGUGGAUUACGCGCCGGCCUUGAGCCAUGAAGUGGACAAAGGUGCCUUCUUUCGAGUCGUUGUCAACAUCUCCACCACCAGGGAGACGGUUGAAAGGCUGGUACAUGAGAUCGACCUCGCUGGGCGAUUGGCUGUACCUGGGGAUUCGGAGACCAUCCCGAACAGUGGUUGA